UUCAGUUCACAUUUGAAAGAAUAUAUUUUUAACAUGAUUAUCAUAUUACAGUUUGUAAAAAAAAUAGGAUUCCAUUUGCAAUUAAGAUCUGUGGAUUAUUUCUAUAGGAAUAGUGUUACUUUGUAAUAUAAUUAGACUAUAUAAUAAUACGUAAGCAUCAUAACUUUAAACUUUAUUCCUCUUUAUGUUACACUGUUGGAAGUGUUCAAAAAUUGUGUGAUAAAAAGAGGCUAACUUACAAUGAAUGGCAAUCAAGUAGCACCUGUCGUUAACACACAGCCGGUAGGACAGGAGCAACAAGCACCAGGACAGCCAGCACUAUAUGGACAACCCGGGCAACAAGGGGCACAGCUACCACCUGUGGUAUGGAUGCCCAAGCCGACAGCAGGACUCUCAAAUGCUUGUCCUCCGGGGCUCGAGUACCUGACUCAAGUGGACCAGAUACUUAUUAAACAACAAAUUGAAAUUAUGGAGCUUUUAUCCAACUGGGAAGCAGAAAACAAGUACAGAAUUUUGAACACUAUGGGACAACAAGUGUACUUUGCAAAAGAAGAAUCAGAUGCAUGUCACAGACAGUGCUGUCGUGGAAACAGAGGGUUCACAAUGCACGUGACAGACAACUUGGGAAAUGAGGUUAUAAGGCUCGAACGUGAGUUCCGGUGCUGGAGGGACUCGGCCUGGUGCGCAUGCUCAGAUUGCUGCGCGCACCGCAUUACCGUCGAAGCUCCCGUCGGCACGGUCAUAGGAUACGUGAGGCAGAAACCCAGCUUCUGUAUUCCUACAUAUGCAAUUAUGGACGCAGAUGAAAAUGAGCGUCUUUAUAUAAGUGGACCUUGUUGUGUUUGUCAAGGCUGUCCCUGUGAUGUCAAUUUUACGGUGCACUCAGCAACAGACGGGGACACUGACGUUGGUAAAAUUCAAAAGCAAUGGUCGAAUGUCCUUCAGGAAAUGUUCACACAAGCCGACAAUUUUGGCGUGACAUUUCCCAUGGAUUUGGAUGUUAAAAUGAAAGCAAUCAUGAUUGGCGCAACAUUUCUAAUUGAUUUCCUGUUCUUUGAGGUACCGCAGAAUAGGCAUGGUAAUCGCCGACGUCAACGGAUGAUGGUAGGGAGGAUGCACUGAUGCAAAUCGAAACUUGAAAAUAAGUGCGACGAAACUGUGAUCAAUGUUUCGGCAGAAAAGCAAAAACAAUAUCCACUGAUUUUGUAGAAAAUAACUCUUCCGAAACUGUUGGACCAAAUGCUACCUGUUUUAUAUUUCUGGAAGUGAUUCCUCUUUACUGGAAAUGAAACUCUGCUUGUAACUUGUUUGAAAUUUUAUAAACAUUUUGAAGUGCAAUCAUUCUGUUCUUAUAUUUAGUGUUUGUUAAAAUCAAUUUCAAAUGUUUAUGUAAAAACUAAUAGAAUUAUUUAGUGAUGAACUUUCUCGCAGCUGUAAAAAAAAUUCAUUGUUACGAUUUUUUAUCAGUUGUGCUGUCAGGUACAGAUAAAGUACUGCGCAUGCAACUCUAUUAUUUUACACAAAGAUUUGUUUUUGUCGUCGUUCACAGUAAACACGUAUUAAAUGGCUUUUCGGUCAAUAGUCAGAACUAUUGCCCGAGGUCCAAAUGACAGAGGUUAAAUAGUUCUGACUGCUGACCGGCUAACGAUUCAAUAAGUAUAUUUUUACAUGACAUCAGAAAUAAUUUUUAGUAUUAACUUCUUUUUUUUCAACUUUUGACUCUUUACCAUGAACUAUGCACCGGUCAAUAUCACAAACUAUAGUCCAGGAAUUUAUAUAAAAUCAUGUUAUUUAUAUUAUUUGAUAAACUCUAUUCGUCUUACUAAGCACGUCAAGCUCAAAGUUUACCGUGCUGAUGCAUUAUAUGAGAGUGAAGUUUUGUUUAGGUUUGGGUUGACCCUCCUAAACAGGAGUGGAAUACACUCGUGUAAGACAGAAAGUUUGCUGGCUUGAGCAACUUCAGUAUAGUUCUACUGUGUUGUCUGUUCAUGCCUGAAAUAAUGCUUGGAGGGACACUGGAUGUCCACCUUAACUUAUAAGACAGGCGGAAACGCACUGUGUAACUUAACUCAAACAGGGCUGGAAACCUUUGUGAUAUGUUUUGUAUUUUAAACUUUACUUUUUUUUAUUCUGUAAUAUACUUAUUUACUGUAAUACACGAAAUUUUCUGAAUAUGCA